UUUGUUGUCUGUGCUUGCUCGACAACUAGUGUCCCACUUGUUGCUAAAUCUUGUCCUUGUAUAACGGAAUAUGGUCAAUGGUGUGGUAAUUUUUAGGAAUCUCAGAAGUUUCAUAGGAGUGUCCAAUCCAACCAAACAAAAAUGCAGGUUAGAUAGAAACAUAGAACAACUCCUCUAUUAACUCCUCGUGCUCAAUUGGAAACAAAGAACAGAGAUGGAGUUCCAAGAACAUGGCAAUGGGAAAGUGGGAUUUGCUGAGAUCCAUUUGGGAGCAAAGAAUAAGUACAAGAGGAUGAACUCAGAGCUUCCAGAGGAUCAUGAUGAUGAUGUUUUGCACCAAGAAGCAAGGAGGAAUAGGACCAGGAAAUAUGUUAUUGCUUGUGCUAUCUUUGCUUCACUCAACAAUGUCCUUCUCGGCUAUGAUGUAGGUGUAAUGAGUGGAGCAGUUAUAUUUAUUAAAGAAGAUCUGAAGAUAUCUGAGGUGAAGGAAGAAUUUCUGGUUGGUAUUCUUAGCAUUGUUUCUCUUCUAGGAAGUCUAGGUGGUGGAAGAACUUCAGAUAUUAUUGGUAGGAAAUGGACUAUGGCAUUAGCUGCAGUGGUGUUUCAAAUAGGUGCACUCAUCAUGACUCUUGCUCCUUCAUUCACAGUACUAUUGAUUGGAAGGCUUUUAGCAGGUGUUGGCAUAGGAUUUGGAGUCAUGAUCUCCCCUAUAUAUAUUGCAGAGAUAUCACCAAACACCACCAGAGGAUCUCUCACUGCCUUCCCAGAGAUUUUCAUAAAUAUAGGAAUUUUGCUUGGUUAUGUGUCAAAUUAUGCCUUUUCAGGCUUUUCACCACACAUCAAUUGGAGGAUAAUGCUUGGUGUGGGAAUUUUGCCCUCUGUGUUCAUCGGCUUUGCGCUUUUCAUUAUCCCCGAGUCACCGAGGUGGCUUGUAAUGCAGAACCGAAUCGAAGAAGCCAGAUCAGUGCUUUUGAAAACAAAUGAAAAUGAGAAAGAAGUGGAGGAGAGGCUAGCAGAAAUACAAAAGGCUGCUGAGAAGUUUGAGGACAAACCAGUGUGGCGCGAACUUCUAUUUCCUUCUCCUUCGCUACGCCGGAUGCUGAUAACUGGAAUUGGGAUUCAGUGUUUUCAACAGAUUUCUGGAAUUGAUGCAACUGUGUAUUAUAGUCCUGAAAUUUUCAAAGCAGCAGGAAUUGAGGAUAAUUCAAGGCUUCUAGCUGCUACUGUUGCUGUAGGUGUAACAAAAACCCUUUUUAUAGUGAUAGCAAUCAUUCUUAUUGACAAACUAGGUAGGAAGCCCUUACUCCUUAUAAGCACAAUUGGGAUGACAGCUUGUUUGCUAAGCAUUGGUGCUACUCUUUCUUUAUUUGGACAAGGAUCUUUUGUGAUUGCAUUGUCAAUUCUGUUUGUUUGUGGCAAUGUUGCAUUCUUUUCUGUUGGACUAGGACCUGUGUGUUGGGUUCUGACAAGUGAAAUCUUCCCUUUAAGGCUGCGCGCUCAAGCGUCUGCGCUUGGAGCUGUCGGCAAUAGGGUUUGCAGUGGCCUUGUGGCCAUGUCUUUUCUUUCGGUUUCACGAGCAAUUACAGUUGGUGGAGCAUUCUUCAUGUUUGGUGCUGUUUCUUCUCUUGCCAUUGUUUUUGUCUACACUCUAGUUCCUGAAACCAAAGGGAAGUCAUUGGAGCAAAUAGAGCUCAUGUUUCGGGAUGAACACCAGAGUCAAGGAAGUGAAUUGGAGCUAGGAGAUGCUGAACAACUUGUGCAGAAUAAAACUGUUUUGACAAAUUAACUGAUUAACACCAUGUAUUCAUUGAUAGGUUGUGCUAUGAUCAAAGUGCUACAAAAAUAUCACUUAUUAUGCCAAAGCAUUCUAGAAAUUUAAUUUUGGGGAGGACUUGUAUGGCAUGGAUGAUCUUCUGCAACCAUAGAAUUUAGGAUCUAUCAGUAAGGGACAAAAGAAAACAUGUAAACAAAUUAAAUUUUGACUGUACCCAAAAUUUCCUAGUUAUACCAUUAUUCUAUAUCUUUUAAUUA